AUGCCACAACAAAUGGGCAGCCCAAUGAUAUCCUCGACGCGUACUCCACCUUCAAACUUCAAGUGGCUCGCAAGUACUGCAAUAUCUCCCGAGGUAGCCCAAUGCCACGGUUUCCGGGCUCCUCAGUGUAUCGGCUGGACCCAAUGCCACGGCGACUGGGUAGCCCAAUGUCGACCUCCGACACCAGAAAUCGUCGAUUUCGCAGUCCGCAACCUCGGCAAUCCCCCGAUGCCGCACGAGAGCGUCAAUGACCGCGCAAGCUUGCCCAAUGACGCGAAGACCGGGCUGCUCAAUGAUUUCUCUGAGAUCGCCUCGCAAACGAUACAACACCUCAAGCCCCAGCCACCAAGUGGUAAUGUUGUGAGCUCGACGCCGGCCAUCACGACGCGAAACGAAGGAUCGGGGCCGAUCAAUGGAACUCCUCCCGCGCGGCAACGCAAUGAGGUCGGCAGGCCAAUGUUUUCCCUCUUCUACGACAUGCCACGGCCAAUACCCCAACGAAGGACCAGCGCCCAACUCGCAAUGCGACAUGCCUCGACGGCGUCGCGCCACCCUGCCUUCAAUCGGCAAUGCAUCCAGUCAGUCGUUGGAGGUUUUGGCAUUACCUAAAAAUAACGAAGGCGAAGAGUUUAAUACAAUAGCUUCCUAUUCUGGUUGACACCCUCACGACUGCGCCGGUAUGCUCCUGCAUGCG